AGACUUCCGACUCCCGACCGUAGAUCACGCCUGCACCAAUAUGUCUGGUCGCAAGGACUUUCUGUCGCAACAAGCGCCAGAAAACUACGUCGCUGGUCUAGGUCGUGGUGCGACAGGUUUCACCACUCGAUCCGAUCUUGGCCCCGCCCGCGAAGGACCUUCAGAAGAGCAGAUCAAAGAAGCACUCGCAAAGCGCGCCGCAGCUCUUGGGAAUGCGCCACCAACAGCAUACGGUGUGAAGGGAAAGAAGGACGACGACGCUGAAGAUGACGACCGAUAUCAAGAUGCCGAGAACGAGGAAGGUCUAUUCGCAAGCGGCAACUACGAUCGCGAGGACGAUGAGGCUGAUCGCAUCUACCAAGAUGUCGACGAGCGCAUGAGCAAGCGUCGAAAGACGUCAAGGGAAGAGCGUGAACGCAAAGAACGAGAAGAAUUCGAAGCCAAAAAUCCCAAGAUCCAGCAACAAUUCGCCGAUCUCAAACGAGCCCUCGGGACAGUCAGUGAUGAAGAUUGGGCGAGCAUUCCCGAAGUGGGAGACUUGACCGGCAAGAAUAGAAGGAGCAAGCAAAAUACGCGACAACGAUUCUAUGCUGUGCCGGACAGCGUGUUGGCGGGUGCAAGGGACAGCGGGCAGCUGGGGACCGAGAUUCAAGAUGAAGGAAUGGCGACUGAGGCAGACGGCGCAUCGAAUGAGCAGGCUGAUGGGACCAUGACCAAUUUUGCGGACAUCGGUGCUGCACGAGACAAGGUGCUGAAAGCGAGACUCGACAAAGCAGCGGCGGGCACGGAGACUGCUUCUGCCGGAACGAGCACGAGCAUUGACCCGAAAGGCUACAUGACUGCGUUAGCAUCUACGGAACUGUCGAAAGGCGAUAUUCCGGUGGGUGAUAUCAAGCGUGCACGAGUGCUUUUGGAGUCAGUCAUCAAGACGAAUCCUCGCCAUGGACCGGGCUGGAUUGCAGCAGCACGUCUGGAGGAGUACGCCGGCAAGAUUGUGGCUGCCAGAAACGUGAUUCGACGAGGUUGCGAGAUGUGUCCCAAGAACGAGGAUGUCUGGUUGGAGAGUAUGCGACUGAACGAUAACGCCAACGCCAAGAUCAUCGCGGCGAAGGCCAUCGAGCACAACGACAGAUCAGUGCGACUCUGGAUCGAAGCCUCGAAACUCGAGACGAUUCCUGCAUCGAAGAAGCGCGUGCUGCGAAAAGCACUAGAUCACAUUCCGCAGUCAGUCGCUAUUUGGAAAGAGGCAGUCAAUCUGGAGGAGAACCCCGACGAUGCUAAACUCUUGCUCGCAAAGGCUACUGAGAUUAUUCCUCUCUCAGUCGAGCUCUGGCUGGCUCUUGCACGACUUGAGACACCAGAGCAGGCACAAGUCGUUCUCAACAAGGCACGAAAGGCUGUGCCGGCAAGCUACGAGAUCUGGGUCGCCGCGGCGCGAUUGCAAGAACAGACUGGCCAGGAAGCGAUGGUGUCGAAGGUCAUGGAGCGUGCAGUCAAAGCACUUGCUCGUGAGUCUGCUAUGCUGAAGCGUGAGGAAUGGAUCUCACAGGCAGAGACAUGUGAAGAAGAAGGUGCGCCGUUGACUUGCCGCGCUAUCAUCAAAGAGACGAUCGGGUUCGGACUUGACCCAGACGAUGAUCGCAAGCAGAUCUGGCUCAACGACGCGCAAAGCUCAAUGGACCGAGGCAUGUACGAGACUGCUCGUGCGAUAUACUCUGCUGCUAGAAAAGAAUUCUACACUCGAAAGAGCGUAUGGCUAGCUGCUGCAGAACUGGAGCGAAAGGCCGGUUCGAAAGAGCAGCUGUGGUCCAUCUUGGAAGAGGCUGUGAAUAGUAUUCCGACAUCUUCAGAGCUUUGGAUGCAGCUGGCUCGUGAGAAAUGGCUUGCAGGUGAUGUUGAAGGGGCCCGUCGUGUGUUGGGAGAAGCUUUCUCCAAGAACCCGGAGAACGAGGAUAUUUAUCUUGCUGCCGUCAAACUCGAAGCAGAUAACGGACAAGAGGAUCGCGCUCGGAUGCUGCUCGCCCAAGCGCGAGAAGAGGCGAGGACUGACCGUGUCUUUGUACGAAGUGUGGCAUUCGAGCGGCAGACGAACAACUCAGACCGCGCUCUCGAACUCGUCAACGAAGGACUACAAUCAUUCCCGAGGACCGAUAAGUUGUGGAUGAUGAAGGGUCAGAUCUACGAAGGGAAGGGUAUGAAGCCGCAAGCUCGCGAAGCGUUCAGCAACGGCACCCGGCAGUGUCCAAAGAGCGUCCCCCUCUGGAUUCUCGCUGCACGUCUGGAAGAGAGCAUGGGCAUUGUCGUGAAAGCACGAUCCACCCUUGAUCGCGCACGACUAGCGGUACCCAAGAACGACCGGCUUUGGACAGAAUCCAUCCGUCUCGAAAUUCGCGCCAAGAACCUUCCCGCCGCAAAUCAGAAACUGGCCCAGGCACUCCAAGAAUGCCCCAACUCAGGCCUCAUCUGGGCCGAGCGGAUCUGGAAUUUGGAAGAACGCACGAAACGCAAACCACGCAUCCUCGAAGCCAUCAAGAAAGUCGAAAACGACCCCAUCCUGUUCGUCACUGCUGCAAGAAUUUUCUGGUCGGAGCGUAAGCUGGACAAGGCUGAUAGUUGGUUCCUCAAGGCCGUCACGCUCGAUCCAGAUCUUGGUGAUAGCUGGGCUUGGUGGUAUAAGUUUUUGGUUCAGCAUGGUACGGAGGAGAAGCAGGAACAAAUCAUCAAGCAGUGUACGGCCAACGAGCCGAAGCAUGGUGAGGUGUGGCAGACUGUGAGGAAAGCGCCGGAGAACUCUAGGAAGACGACUGAGGAGGUUUUGAAGUUGGUUGCGAAGGCGAUGAAUUAAGUCAUGCUGAGAGCGCGGUCAACCUGCCCAGGA